AAACGCUGAACUGUGAUUGGAGAAGCGGCCUGUUUUGAAAAUCGGGGGGAAAGUGACGUAAGGGAAGCCGCAUCAGAGAACGGGAUGCCGGCGGAGAGCAAGAUGGCGGACAAAGAGAAGAAGAAGAAAGAGAGCAUCUUGGAUCUGUCUAAGUACAUCGAUAAAAACAUCCGUGUGAAGUUCCAGGGUGGCCGGGAAGCCAGUGGUGUCUUGAAAGGAUUUGACCCUCUUCUAAACCUGGUGCUGGAUGGUACCAUUGAGUAUAUGAGAGAUCCAGAUGACCAAUACAAGCUCACAGAGGACACCCGUCAGCUGGGACUGGUGGUCUGCCGAGGGACCUCGGUGGUCCUCAUUUGUCCCCAGGAUGGGAUGGAAGCUAUUCCGAACCCUUUCAUCCAGCAACAAGAUGGGUAGCCUUUCUGGGGCCCUGCUGCUGAAAACUUAACAGGACUGAGACGACCAACAUCACCUGAAAAUAACACCCUCUUCCACAAGGGGAAUUUUUUUUUUAUGCUCAUUUUAUACAAGAGAAGGACCUUGCAAGGCUGUUGUUACUGGGAUUUAGUUAUUUCCACCCCCACCCCCCUUUUUUAACUUUAUUAUUUGAUGCUGUUCCUCACAAGGAAAAAGGCUUGUACCAGGAGAUGUCCCCAAAACUAUUUCAGAAAAUCUUUUGUUGCUGUAAACAUUGACUUUGCUCUUGAGCCACUGAAAUAGCAUGUGGCAUUUAAGUAAAAUAGGACACAGGAAGGUUUUUUUUCCCCUUCUCUGCAAAGAGCACAGCUCCUCCUAAAUCGGCCUGUUGUCGUCUCCCCAGGGCUUCAGAGGAAACUAUUUUUUCCUUUUCUUGUUGACAGUGUUUGCUUUCCCUUCUCCAGGACAGGUUGGGGGCAGGGGGCAGAGUUCUUGCCGUCUUCCAUCAAGCGCUACCAGAUUGUCAGGAAUUACAAUGACGUUUGUGUAUAGUCUCUUUCAGAUCCCAAAUGGUGAAUCUCUCUUCUUUCAAAUAAAAAAACUGGCAAAAAUUACCCAAAA